GCUUUCUAUUCUGUCCCAGAGACCCAGUACCAGAAUAUUUAAAUCACUGUGUCGUUAAACACGUUUUAAUAUCUGAUAGGGCCAGUUUCUGCGCAUUGCACAUUUUUUUUUUUUCCUUUCAGGAACGUGUUCAGGCCCGCGGCAGGGGGCGGGGUCGCGCCUCCUCCGUGGCUCUGGUUCCAGUGGAGCCUCACCGACGCGGAGAUGGAAAGCCCGAGGCUGCUCCCGCCUCGAGGGACACGACAGAGCGGCGGUGCUGGCAGCCCCGCGGGCGCUAGCCGGUUCCACGGCGGCCCUGACCCGCGGGCUGGCCAGGUCCCCGCGCGCCGCCUCCUGCUGCUCCGGGGCCCCCAAGAUGGCGGGCCCGGGAGGCGGCACGAGGAGGCCCGAGCGGCCUCACGGGGCCCGGGCCCGAGCCCGUUGGCGCCGAGGUCGGAUCACGCUGGCGGCGGCGGCGGCGGCGACGGCGAUGACUUCUUCCUGGUGUUGCUGGACCCGGCGGGUGGCGAUGUGGAGACCACGGGCGCCGGCCAGGCCGCAGGGCCUGCAUGGAGGGAGGAGGCCGAGUCGGUCCCACAGCUCCAGCAGGGUGAGAAUGGCGCGAAUCCCGCGGGCCGCCAGGCGCUAGGCCCCCGCUGCCUGUCCGCAGUCCCCGCCCCAUCCCCGGCUGAAAACCCGAUCCCCGCCCCAGGCCUGGGACCCGCCGCGGCCUUCACGGGCACCGUCACUAUCCACAACCAAAACCUGCUGUUGCGCUUCGAGAACGGUGUCCUCACCCUGGCCACGCCCCCGCCGCCAGCCUGGGAGCCUGGGGUCGCGCCUGCCCCUCAGCCUGGGGGUCUGAUGGCUCCGCAAGCGGGGGUCCCGCACGCCGCGCAGCCCAGCGACUGCCCGGAGCUGCCGCCCGACCUCCUGCUGGCGGAGCCGGCGGAACCGGCGCCCGCCCCCGCGCCUGAGGAGGAGGCAGAGGGCCGAGCCGCAGCCGAGAGUCCCCGCAGGCCGCUGGGCCCAGGCCCGGGCGUGGUGCUGUACCUGUGUCCCGAGGCGCAGUGCGGACAAACCUUCGCCAAGAAGCACCAGCUGAAGGUGCACCUGCUGACUCACAGCAGCAGCCAGGGCCAGCGGCCCUUCAAGUGCCCCCUGGGCGGCUGUGGCUGGACUUUCACCACCUCCUACAAGCUCAAGAGGCACCUGCAGUCGCACGACAAACUGCGGCCCUUUGGCUGCCCUGCGGAGGGCUGUGGCAAGAGCUUCACCACGGUGUAUAACCUCAAGGCGCACAUGAAGGGCCAUGAGCAGGAGAACUCGUUCAAAUGCGAGGUGUGCGAGGAGAGCUUCCCCACUCAGGCCAAACUCAGCGCCCACCAGCGCAGCCAUUUCGAGCCUGAGAGGCCGUACCAGUGCGCGUUUUCUGGCUGCAAGAAGACGUUUAUCACAGUGAGUGCCCUGUUUUCCCAUAACCGUGCCCAUUUCAGGGAACAGGAACUCUUUUCCUGCUCUUUUCCUGGCUGCAGCAAACAGUACGACAAGGCUUGUCGCCUGAAAAUUCACCUGCGGAGCCACACCGGUGAGAGACCUUUCCUUUGUGACUUUGACGGCUGUGGCUGGAACUUCACCAGCAUGUCCAAACUCUUAAGGCACAAAAGGAAGCACGAGGAUGACCGGAGGUUCAUGUGCCCUGUGGAAGGCUGUGGGAAAUCUUUCACAAGGGCUGAGCAUCUGAAAGGCCACAGCAUAACCCACCUGGGCACAAAGCCUUUUGUGUGCCCUGUGGAAGGCUGCUGUGCCAGGUUCUCUGCUCGCAGUAGUCUCUACAUUCACUCCAAGAAACACUUGCAGGACGUGGACACUUGGAAAAGCCGUUGCCCAGUCUCUACUUGUAAUAAACUCUUCACAUCCAAGCACAGCAUGAAGACCCACAUGACCAAAAGGCACAACCUCGGCCAGGAUCUCUUAGCUCAGCUAGAAGCUGCGAAUUCUCUUACGCCCAGCAGUGAACUUACCAGCCAGGGACAGAGUGAUCUCAGUGAUGCAGAGCUAGUGUCUCUCUUCUCUGAUGUGCCUGGCAGUAGUUCUGCUGCAGUGUUGGACACAGCAUUGGUGAACUCUGGAAUCUUGACUAUUGAUGUGGCUUCUGUGAGUUCAACUCUGGCAGGGAGCCUCCCUGCUAAUAAUAAUAAUUCCUUAGGGCAGGCUGUGGACCCUCGGGCCUUGAUGGCCACCAGUGACCUUCCUCAAAGUCUGGAUACCUCUCUCUUUUUUGGAACGACAGCCUCUGGUUUUCAGCAGAGUCCCUUAGAAAUGGAUGAUGUCCCAAGUCUAAGUGUGGGGCCAUUGGCAUCUCUGGGCUCUUUGGCUAUGAAAAACUCAAGUCAAGAGCCCCAAGCUUUGACCCCCAGCAGUAAGCUAACAGUGGACACAGAUGCUCUGACUCCUUCAAGCACCCUUUGUGAAAACAGUGUCUCAGAACUACUGCCGCCAACCAAAGCAGAAUGGAAUGUACAUCCUGACUCUGACUUCUUUGGACAGGAGGAGGAAACCCAGUUUGGAUUCUCCUCCAAUGCAGCAGGAAACCAUGGUUCUCAGAAAGAAACAGAUCUUAUCACAGUGACUGGCAGCUCAUUUUUGGUAUGAACUAACUAUUAAUUCCUUGCCACGUGGCUUAUUCUUAUGAAUUACACUCAAUUUUUAGGCUAGUCUGGACUAAAUGUUUAAAUUCAGUCAUUCCUUAUAGGUUUGAAAAACAGCAAUGCCCUGGGCUGUAAGUUUGGAGAUUUAAAUUAUGAUCUUGACUCUGGAACUGUCAAGUUGUGUGACCCUGAGCAAGUUACUUAACCUAUCUGAGCCUUAAUUUCCUUAUUUAUAAAAUGAGGUGGUUUGAAUAGAUUGUUUCUAAGGUCUUUUCAGCUCUGUAAUUCCUUGAUAAUAAGCUUAUUUCUUUGGAAAAAAAAUUAGGACCUUUUUUAGUGAUUGUGUUGCAUGUGCUUUUUUUUCAAACGUACAUAAUAGUAUAAUGAACAGCCAUGUGCUUAGCACCCAACCUCAACUAUUAUCCAUUUGCAAACAGUUUUAUCUAAUCCCCACUCUAACCCUCAUCAAGAAUUAUUUUGGAAUAAAUACCAGACUUUACAUCAUUUCAACC